AUAAUGAAAAGUUUACUGUAUACAUUAUGUUUGCGUUUAUAGGGAAAUGUAGACUUUCUCAGUAUAGUUCAGUGUGCCAGUUGUGUAUCUAUUUAUGUAUGAAUGUCUACUCAAGGUAGUUCAAGCUAUUUUCAAACAAAAAAAAAACACUUGGUGAAAGGUAGCCGCGAUGUUCCAGGAAGAUUAUUCCCUCAGCAAUAAGGAUUCCAGUAGCAGUAUUGGCACAGCUUCAAAACCAGGUGGCGGUGACGAUGAGAAUCUUAAUGAUCCUUCCAUCGACAAGUUAUGGGGAAUUCACGAGCGGAUUAACAAACUUAGAGGGCACAUGUCUCAACAAAAACUAAACCUUGAUAAGACUGAUGAAUUUGGUGAAGACUUUGAAAUAACCGCCACCGAUAGCACAACAUUUCCACCGACUUACUUAGUUAUUAGAGUGCAUCCGGCGUCUAAAGAAGAAGCAGUCAAAUGGCUGGUCGGAAAAAUACGCGGAAAAAAACUACUGGGUGGUGCGGAAUUGGUAGUUUUAAGGAAGCCGUACGAUGAAGAUGGUUUAGAAUUUCACGUUUCCGCAUCUCCCAUCAAAUUCUUGGAAAUUGCAGAGGAAAUGGAAUUGGUCAAACGGGAUAAACAUGGUCAAAUGAGAGAAUUUACGGUGAAUGACUUAGAAAAUUUUCUGGUUGACGGCAUGAACGUAGACGAUUUUCUAACAUCUGCAGAAAGGCAAGCAAUAAUUCGGCAUGAACUCGAAAAUAUAAGAGCACUACCAACCGACAUUCACGUCCCCGGCUACCCUUUCUACAGUAUGUGCGAAGGACAAUCGGUUUUACAUAAAUGUAUUCAAUGUGGUAUUAUAUCAAGCAUUUAUGCCUUGCAUGAUCAAGAACACUUAAAAAAAUUGGGAAGGAGUUGGUAUCGAUCCGUUUUCCAAAAGCAACCGCUGGAUGAGAUAAAGAUCUACUUCGGAGAAUCUAUUGCGCUUUAUUUCACCUUUUUGGGUUUUUAUACAACGGCAUUACUCUUUCCGACGUUUCUUGGAUUUGUGCAGUUGCUGGUCUCGAUAGAGACACUUCCCGUUUUCUGCAUCUUUAACGUCAUUUGGGUAACCGUAUUUCUGGAGAUGUGGAGAAGAAAAUCGAACGAAUUGGCUUACAAAUGGGGUACGAUAGGAAUGACCAGUUUAGGUGAACCAAGAGCAAAUUUUCGUGGACAGAUGGGCAAAGAUCCUAUAACAGGCAAGCUCUGUCCUCAGUAUCCCAGAUAUAAAACUUACUUAAAAAUGUACUGCGUGUCUUUUCCCAUUGUUAUUGCCUGCCUAGUAGGUGCUUACAUAAUAAUGUUGAUAUCGUUUUGGAUGGAAGACCAAAUCAAAUACAAUCCGGAAACUUGGUCUCAAGAUCUCCUAUUACUUCCAAGUGUGCUGUAUACCGCAUUGGUCUACGUAAUGAAUUGCUAUUAUCGUAAAUUGGCUACUUUUCUCACAGAAUGGGAAAAUCAUAGAACCCAAUCGCAGUUUGACAGACACCGGGUCACGAAACUGAUUCUGUUUGAGUUUGUAAAUAAUUUCAUGUCGCUGUUUUAUAUCGCAUUCAUAAUCCAAGAUAUGGAAAUGUUAAGGAGUCAAGUGGCAACCAUGUUGAUUAUUCUGCAAGCGAUUAAUCAUAUGCAAGAAGCUGUACUUCCAUUAUUAAUAAACGUUGGAUUUGCAAAGAUAAGUCAAUGGAAAAAUGGUUGGAAAAAUACAAGGCAAACAAAAUCAAAACAGAAAGCAUUUGAAGAUUCUCGUUAUUCCAGAGAAUUUCUCGAAACAAUCCCUGCAAUAGAUCCCAGCGAUAGUCGCUUAAAUCAAGCGGAACAAGAAGGGCAACUGGAAAUUUACGAAGAAACGUACGAUGAUUAUUUGGAAAUGUUUAUCCAGUUCGGAUACGUGGUUCUCUUUUCCUCUGUGUACCCUGCUGCAGCGCUUUGGGCAGUUAUCAAUAACGUUCUUGAAAUACGUGCUGACGCAUUCAGAUUAUGUCUUGUACAUCAGCGACCAAUAAGUAGAAAAGUUAAGGAUAUUGGUGCCUGGCAGAGGGCAUUUGAAGUCAUAGGCGGCCUCUCCAUAAUGACGAAUUGUGGUUUGCUCUGCUUAAGUCCACACAUUCGCAGUCGAAUGGCUCACAAGACCGAUUUGGAGUACAUCCUUACUUUUAUUUUCCUGGAACACAUUCUUUUGGGAAUUAGGUACUUGCUUCACAUUGCGAUUCCCGACAAACCGGAAUGGGUUCGAGUGGAACUGGCCAAAAAGAGCUACGAAUCAAGACAGGCCUUGAAACACGAAAAAGCGUUGAAAAGUAAACGUUAUCUUACAAGAAGAUUCAACACUGUUCACAGCAAACACCCCAUUUCAGGACCAGCACUCGGUAACAAGUAAUCAGUUUCUCCACAAAAUGAUGGUAUCUCUUGGUUAAAACCGAAAAUAAUAUGCAAGACAACUCCUCUAUGUAUAAUUUUCGCCGUCUACCCUACGUUAUUUAUUAUUUGUUGGAUAAUACAACACUAAAUAAUGAUAACGAGAAAGCUUUAAUAAUACUGUACUGCACUGUACUUGCUGUGCUUUAUCUACUAUAUAUAUAUUU